AUGUUAUUGGAGUCGAAUCAAACAGUCACAAACACUGAAAGAGCCAUGGAAAAAGGGAAGAAAAAGAAGGAAAUGUUGUUGUCCAAGUGGAAAGAAUCCGUGCGGAGGAAGGAAGGACGCCGUAGCUCCAAUGGCACAGAGAACACUCACGCACUCACCGACUCGCUCUCACAUACAACACACACGGACAGACAGAGACAAGUAGUGGUCAAUCUGCUGGACGAGCCGACCGAAGGGACGGCUGGAGGUCAAACACGCUUGCGCCGCGCGCACAUUUCGACAGAUUUCCCCUUCCUGACUAGCAAUCGUUCCUUGUUUCGUGGAGCCUUUGGUCAAGUUAUACUUCGAAUUGCCCAAGGUUGAUCUCCCGGAACUGUUUUCAUUCGAAUGAAAUCUUGAACGGAAAAAGCUAUAGAAAUCGCUGGUAGAUCAAGGUCCAGAGUCAUCGUAGAAAUCGGAAGGGAGCUUGCUUCCCAGAGGCAAAAGUUUCAUCGCGUCCAGCUUCUAGUUCAGAUUUUUCCAGAAGAUUACAGACUUGUUUGACCUAAGGAGAGCUCGAACCAGCAACGUCUUGGACGACAGCAACGAGUCUUAACAGCUCAGAAAAGCUUUUUUCAUUUAAUCUAUGAAGUAUGGAGCUUGAUGGCAGAUUUUAUUCUACUUCCAAUUAUGGUUCUCAUUCCUCUUGUUCAUGGAAGCAAAAGUUACUGUUAAGGUCUAAAGCUUUCUUAAGCGUUUUUUAAUUUUCUUAAACGGAAUAAGAGUUAACAAAUAAGUUUAUGGAAAUGAUAUUAUGAUAAAAACCAGUUUGUGACCAAGUUUCAGUUUACCAUAUUAUCCAAGUAACAAACGAGCCUGGAUUUUGCUCUUUUUCGUUUUAAAAUGAUCCGUAGAGGUUUUUUUUUACUGUGACAAAACUCGGUACACGACAAAGGAAUCUUGAUAAGAGUCCUUUUUUUCGAGUUUCCGCUAAUAGGACUCCUGAUCAUCCAUGGAAGACACAAGUCGGAGUUUCGACGACUUUACAUCUCAUCUCCUAUUUCAUAACGAUUUUUCAUCGCAUCAAGCUCUGGCAGUUCGAGAACUAUCCUCAACUUUGUUUUUCGAAAAAAAGGCGAAAUUUCCUGCUUCUGACAAAACUUCAUUACUCAAGGCGGAACUUUUAAAUUCAACUUGAUAAGUUCAAAAUCCCAACCAUUUUAAUUAGAAUCUUGUUUACAUGGAUCCUUUAGUGAAGCCUAACAACACACAUGAUAUCCUAAUUAACCUAUUGACAGCAGAGUUGGAUGUAAAGUUAAUUUACACGCGCGACAAGGUACACAUGAAGGAAUCGAAACACAACAACACAAAAGAAAGAAAAACUUUUCAAAGCGCAUUUUUGGAAGGCAACUUAACUUACAUUGAUUAAACUUUCCCAAAGUAUUGACAUCACAGUGAGAAUCUUUCCUUGAAAGCCAAAAACCUUGCUGAGCACUCAGAAAGGCUCAAAAACCUAAUGCAUAGAUCUUGUAGAAACCGACCAGACAUGCUCAGGUUUUCUGAUAUUCCAAUGGUAAGAAAAAAGGCUUAAACACGACUAAAACCCAGAAGAAACCAAUGAUCGAAACGUUCAAAAAAUCCUAGCUCUUCAGGUCUUUUAACCUGAAUUUCAAAUAGGAUACAGCGGAAAACCUACAAAAGACUUCAAAACUAGAUCAAAGAGCUGAAUUAGUUCAAUGACUCCAAAGAUCAAAAGGCAGCAGGAGAACUACAAAUCCAAGUUGAGAGCGACAAUAAAAAAAAACUCAGAUGGAUAGCGUAUCGGAGAAGACGGGCAGAACGGAUUCAGAAUAUCUUAGAGAAAAACGAGCUAGACCACCUACAGAACGAGAAAUUGUUUCAGUUUAAAAUGAGAAAAUUCAGGGAAAAAAGAUUCGAAAAAAAACGAGGAAGAGGCUUCGAAUGAUGAAAACGGCACGGAUUUUGAAAAUUCUUUUAAAAACAGCGGCAUUAUCGUUUCACAAGUCGAAUUUACCAGACAAACUUGUAAAUUUUUCAGCGACAAAAUUUAAAAAAGACGUGCUGAGCAGCAAAAGAGAAAAUCAGAAGAAUCGAUUUUCAGGUGAGCUAGGCGAUCCGAAGUUCAACUAAAAGUCUCUGAAGCGAAUCUAGUUUAAAACCUUGGAAUACAAAAAAAAACGCGACUAAAACCUUGAAAAGCGGAAGUAAAAGCUCAGAUCUAGAGAAUGGCACGUUUUAGGUGUCAAAAAUGAUUCAAAACGAAGAGGCGCGAGAGGCCGGAUUCGCGAUUGUGCUGUAUGUGCGUGUGGGGGAGAGUGUGGACACGAAGAAGAAGACGCGCGCGGACCGAAAUCGGCGCUGGACCUCCUCGAUCAGCGUGCUAUUUCCCCGGAAUCUAGGGCUCCUCAGCCACCGGCCAACCUCUCGCUCCACCAUCCACCACCAAACAGCCUCAUAUAA